AGAGUGUUGUGAGCGCGUUCUUCAUAGAAUUUCUCUUUCGCCUCGCCAGCGAGGGCAUUUUAUAGCUGGCGAAUGAAUAGGUAAAAGGCAAUUAAAAGAGAUCAGCUCAAAUCUUCUGCGAUAUUUGGUAGAAAGAAAGAGUCACAGGCGACUCAAGCGCUGAGCGCCAUUAGGCUUUGCUAUGGAUGAUGAAUUGCUGCUGCUUUCGUUGAGUUACGAGCACACUUAGAAUGCCAUAAAACCGAUCGCGUUUUUGAGUGCUAUGCACACACACUCACACAUAUGCGCAGGCAGAUAGGCAUGCUAGUGUAUCUCUGGCCACUGUCACUGUCAUGGCCGCGAGUUAAGCGAGUUUAUCAGAAUUUUCUUUGCGCGCAAUUGUAGGCGUGUGUGUGUGUGGGCUCGUAUGUGUUCGUAACUAACUGCCGCUAACGACUUUCAGGUGCCAACACAACCAACACUAACUGGCUGACUGACUGGCUGUUUGGCUGGAGUAGCGCUCAGAAAUUCUACUCGAACUCGAGCUCGAGCUCAGCUUUAGCCUGUGUGUCUUUUAUUCUGAGCGGAUUUUAAUACCGCAUUGGUGUCUGUGUGUGUGUGUGUGUGCGUGCGCUUAGUACGUUCACAACUGUAUGCCCAUGACAUUGAUGUGGCGCUGCGACUCAUCCGUGAUUCAGUUUUCCGCAAGCAACAAUACGAUCGAGACACGGUUUCGUAAGAGCAUUUCACUGACUGACUGCCCGAGUCUAGAUAGAUAGAUACCAACUAGUAAUGUGCUAACUAUAAGUCAGCAACUGUUAGAAUAUAUACUGGCUAUGCGGUUUUGUUGUCGUAAAGAAAUAACGAAAAGAAGAAGAAGCAGCAGCAGCAGCAGCAGCAGCAAAAGAAUAAGAAGACAACAACUGAAAUUGCUGUGAGUGCGCGAAAGAAAAGUGUUGGCAAUAAGCAACUUAGUUUGGUUAGAAUAGUUGCGUGGAAAGGUUGGAAAAUUUUACAACAACAAAAAAUAUUGAAAUUACAACAACAAAAAUUUAAUUACAACAAAAACAUGAAAAAAUGAUUUGCGUGCAAAGUUAACUGUGAAAAUGUAAUUGGUGAACUGGUGUGAGAAAAAAACAACAACAACAACAACAACAAAUUUGCAACAACACCAGCAAAAUAUGUUAUAUGCGAGAAAUUGCAGAAAAUUGUGUAAGAAAUGAAAAAAUGAAGUGACAAAAAAUUGCAAAACAGCAAAGGAAGAAGAGAAAAAUAAAAUUUAAGUUUAAUAAUAAAAAUCAUAGCAAAAUUAGUUAAUUAGUUGUUAAAUUGUUAACCCAUAAGACUGCAUUUAUUGGAUUAAACGCCUAAGUUAAGCAGCAUUUAAGUGCAUUUUAGUCGCAAUAAGUUCAAUAACAAGCAAAUUGUGAAGGAAAACCAAAAGUUCUAAGCAAAAAAAAAAAUUUUUUAAUAAAAAAAAUUAAAUAAAUUAAAAAUAAUAUAAAUAUAUAUUAAAAAAUAAUAUAAAAAACAACAACAAAGUGUGAAAAAAAUAAACUUAACAGUGUUAGUGCCACAAUCAUUGAAAUACAAUAACAACAACUUGCUUUACUGCGCAAAAAUUCAGCAAGCACACAAAUACAAGUGUGUUACAAAUACACUGCGAAUAAUAAGUGCACACACACAUACACAUGCAAACAAGCAUACAUACAAGCAUAUUGUUGCAUGCUAAUUGUCGUUGGCGUUUUUAAUUGGAGUUUUCAGUUAAUGGAUUAGCUGCAGUAACACACAUACACAUACAUCACUAAUAUAAUUGGAUUACUUGUAUUAUGACUGAAGUAUUAUGAAGAGGAUUACAAGAAUGCUGAUUUGAUAUUUGAAAAAUUUCAAUAUAAAAAGUCAUUUCGUAACGGACUAAAGCGGGAACUGCAACCUCCUGUAUAACUAACCAAAAAAAAAACAAAAACUUUAUAUACACACACUUCGUCUACAGCAUAAGGAAAGCGAAUAAGUAUUUUUUAAAGCAACAAAAUCAAUCAAAACAACAAAAAUAAAACAAAAAACACACACAAUGAACGUGCAACUAGCACAACAAUCAGCAGCACAUACCACCAGAAAGCAUUGCAACAGCAACAACAGUAGUAGUACUAGUAUUAGUCGUAUUAGCAACAACACUCACAACAACAACAACAACAACAUGAACACCACCGUCAACACACAACAACAGCAACAACAGCCAGCGCACAAUCGCACAAUGUCCACAGUGGCGGCGGCGGCGACGACGUCAACGCUGACACAUCGUACACAACAACAAAGUGCCGCUCUAGUGCCGCCGCCCACCGCCUCGACGACGACGACAACGACAGCGCCGACGUCAGCGCCCAUGCGCAGCGCGCCGCGCAGUCCCUCACCGGACGGCACACAGGAUUACGAUGUGACGCGCAUGCGCGAGGAGGACUUCGAACGGCUGGCCGUUUAUAUAGUGCCCGAUGUGCAAUGCGAGCGCGGCAUAGCGAAUCGGGCGGAUCGCACGCUGCCACGCAGCCUAACACUGAAACCAUCCAUGGUUUUCUCAACGCCAAAUGUUAAGACUGAAGGAGUUUGGAGCACUGGUGUGAUACCGCGCGGCACACGUUUUGGCCCCUUUGAAGGCGUUCCAACUCCGAAUUAUCCCAACGAUAAGAAUAAGGCGCGCUAUUUCUGGCGGGUGCAGGAAACACGCCACAUAACCUACGGGAACAUUAAGAUCUUCAAAGAUGACGAUUUCUACUAUUUGGACGGUUCGGAUCGUGCGCAAGCGAAUUGGAUGCGUUACGUCGCCUCCGCCUACAGUUUGUCCGUGAUGAAUUUGGUGGCAUGCCAACAUCAGGAGAAUAUCUAUUUCUAUACGACACGUGACAUUAUGCCCAAUGAAGAGUUGAUGGUGUGGUAUUGUAAGGAUUUCGCACGACGGCUUGGUUACGAUGUCGAUCCGGAGCGCACGAUCUUUGGCGCUUGCAAGCAGGCUGUGUGUGACGAUGAUGAGGACGCCGAGGCGGAUGCCGAAGAUGAAGAUGUGUCGAGUAAUGCCACAGCGACGAGCCCAUUACUGUUGAGCCAUAAAGCGAAAUUGCGUACGAAUUCGCCGUACUGCAUGCCAGCGCCUGAGAUACCACCCGAAGUUGCAUACAAUCACAUCACGUACGUUAUGGGACUGCCAAUACCACCAAUGCCAGCGGUGGCGGGCAAUGCGGGUGUAAGUCGACGCUCUAUUACGCCUAGUCCGUCGCCACCCAGCUGCCGCGAGAGUAGUGCGAGUCACAUGCCACAGCAUUUGGUUGGACUGCCACACAUACAUCACGCGCAGUCCACGCAGCGGCAGUCGAACGCACAUCAACAUCAACUGCCUGCCGCCACACACCUGCAACACCACCAACACAUUCAACAACAUCAGACGGUGUUGCAUCUCAAGCAAGAGCCUGGCGCGUCGUCGGUAAUCGUGCGCGAACGCUCGCCAGCGAGCAGCGAUUGUGGCGUGAAGGAGGCCAAGGAUGUGGCGGGCUCACCGAUACCACACAAAGACACGCACUAUGAACAUCAGUUGACGCCGAAUGAUGGUAGCGUGCGUUCGGUGCGCUCGGAUGAGGGUUACCACAGCAAUGAGUAUCAUGAGGAUGGACUCACGCCACCUGAAGACUCGAGCGAUAGCGAAAGCGAGCACAAUUAUGUUUUGGACUGCUCGAAGAAAGCCAUUGCACCGAAAGAGACUGUUAUCACGCAUCCACAGAAGGCGGCCGUCGCUGCGGCUGUGGCGGCAGCAGCUGCUGCUGCAAACAGUAAUAGCAACAACAAUGCGGUGGUUAACAACAACAACACAGCGUUGACUCCAGCAGUGGUGUCUUCCGCCACCGCCUCUAUGGAUUGCGGCGGCGACAAGAAUGAGUAUCGCAAAUUCAAGGUGAAAAUGCCGCUCAAGUAUGAGUUCAAGAAUAGCAAAUGCGCCAUUAAGACUGAGGCCAUGUGCCACAUUAACAACACAACCAAUAGCAAUCAAAACACAAGCGACGAACUGCCCACAGUUGGUGCCACAUCCAGCGAAGAUGAUUUGCUGGCCGCCAAUGAAGCCACACCCGCCUGCACGUCUUCUACACAGUUGGAUGACGACGCGAUGGAUGUGGAUCAUAUGCCGGGUUCGACGACACAACAACAACAUGCUUCGAGCACCGUCAUCGUAGUAGAUCGUAGUCUAAGCAGCGCUAAUGGACAUGCGACGCGCACCAUAGUGCCACUGAAUAAGGCAUACUACGAAGCUGAGACCACCACACCGCCACCACCCACAGCCACACAAUCGGCGUCGGCUGCUAGCGUCGCUUAUAUGCGUUUCACGCCACCCUCCUCGAGCAUACUGGAAACCAUAUUGACGGGUCAGCAUCGUUUGGAGGCCGCAGCUGCUGCAGCGGCCGCUUGUCGACACGCCAACGCAGCCACACCACCACCUUCUUCGCCCACAGAGAUGGCUUAUUCGUAUAAGAAAUCACAUCGUUAUGGCAAUGCUGUCAGUCCCGACUCAAGCUCCAAUUUAGCGCAGGCGCCCGAUAUGCAUGCUGCGUCGAUGCACGAUACCGAAAUGCUCAUUGCUUCGUCACGUGGCAGUCUGAAGGACGACUGUUCGCCACCACCGCCACCGGGUCAUCAUGUGAUAUUCUCGCCGGCGCAUGUUGGACACAGCGCCUUCGUCUCGGAUGGUCAUCAAACGCCACCGUACUCAGCAUAUUCACCAUAUUCCAGCAGUAGCGUGAAUGGUGGCGCGCCGGGUGGUGGACAUCCACUCUCACAUAUGCCCACAUCCACGUUCCACUCGCCGCCACAUAGCUCACACUCGCCCUUCGAUCGCCAGUCGAAUGCGUCCAGCGGCUCUACACCCAAUCUGCACCUGCUGCAGUCCAGCUCACAGAUGCUCAUGCAACCAUUGCGCAUUUCACCACCCAGCAGUCUGAGUCCCGAUGGCAACUCGUGUCCGCGCAGUGGCAGUCCACUUAGCCCGAACUCGUUGGCUGCACGCGGCUAUCGCUCACUGCCAUAUCCGUUGAAGAAGAAAGAUGGCAAGAUGCAUUACGAAUGCAACGUCUGUUGCAAGACCUUCGGUCAGUUGAGCAAUCUGAAAGUGCAUCUGCGUACACAUUCCGGCGAGCGACCAUUCAAAUGCAAUGUCUGCACGAAGAGCUUCACACAGCUGGCGCACUUGCAGAAGCAUCAUCUGGUACAUACCGGUGAGAAGCCGCAUCAGUGCGACAUCUGCAAGAAGCGUUUCUCCUCGACGUCGAAUUUGAAGACCCAUCUGCGUUUGCACAGCGGUCAAAAGCCGUACGCCUGCGAUCUGUGUCCACAGAAGUUCACACAGUUCGUGCAUCUGAAGCUCCACAAGCGACUGCACACCAACGAUCGGCCUUAUGUGUGUCAGGGUUGCGAUAAGAAGUACAUCAGCGCCUCCGGGCUGCGUACGCACUGGAAGACGACGAGCUGCAAGCCCAACGAUUUGGAGGAGGAGCUGGCCAUGGCCGCAGCGGCGACCUCCGAGUGUUUGGACAAAGACCUGCCUGAGCCCGACUCGCGUGAGGCCUUCGAGCAUAUGCAACAACAAAUGCAUCCACAUUUGCGUCAUAUGCCACCCGGCAGUGGCGCCGUCAAUCAUACCAACCCCGCCGGUCAUCCAACAUCGCCACGUCUCAUUUCUAUCAAUCCGCUGCAUCAACAACAAUCGCAACAACAGCAAACACAUGCGCAUUUGCAACAACAACACGCCGCCAUGUUGCAACAGCAUGCCGCAGCCGCGGCGGCUCAGCAUUUAUCUGGCGCAUCACCGAACCCAACCGCCGCCAGCAUGUUGCUUGGCUCAUCGGCACAACAACAACACCAUCACAGCCUACAACAACAGCAACAACACUUGCAACAUCAGCAACAACAACUGCUACAGCAACAACAGCAAUCGCAUCCACUGAAAGCCAGCAGCAAACAACAAAUGCAUUUAUUGCCACCAGGCGCUAACGGUAAUGGCGCGAACGCGGUCAACACACCACCCGGCAACGACGCCUACAUGAGCGUCUCACACGCGCAUGCCGCAGCAGCAGCAGCACACGCCGCGGCGGCAGCUGCAGCGGCAGCAGCACAUGCGGCCGCCGCCCACCAGCACGCGCAGAAUCAAGAAUCGCGUCCAUCGGUGAUCGAGUCCAGUCAACCGAUGAUCAUUGAGUGCACGUAGAGCGCCGUCGGCAGCGCAAAGAAGUGGUAGCGAAAGCAAAAACAAAAAAACUGAAAAUCAAACUGAAAAGUUGCGGUUGAGGUGUGCGCACAGCAGUUGAGUUGAGCGACGCGGAGCAAACGCUCAAUUGAAUUGAGUGGAAAUGGAAUCACUGUCACUCGUCGAUUUCACUCAAAGGCGCUGUGGCAGCGCUGAGCUAGAAUGUCUCACAACAGUUAUAAAAGUGCAAUAUGAAAAUGUGAAAGCUCAUUGUGAAGCUUUCAUUUCGUCGAAUUUGUCGAAAUGUUGUGCUUUUACAUGAAAUCUACAACUGAGCUAAAAAUGGAAUAGAACUAAAACUAAAACAUUUAUGGUAUUAUUAAUUUAAUAGUCGACAACGUCAUUGUAUAAUUAGUGAAUUUAUUGAUUGGUCUACUACGUAGCUAUAAAUAAUUACAAGCAAUUAGUUAAAAUAUACAUUUAAUCAUUAAAAAACAAAAAAAAAACAA